GUAGCGGUACCGGACAUGGGGCGGGGCCUGUCCCCCCUCUACCCCUCCCUCCCGGCUCCCAGAGAGCUUCCUAAAGCGAGCGAACCCAGUCUGCGCCUCUUGAAAUGGAGACGGUUACUUCUUCAGAUAUCUCUCCCGCUCUGGAACAUGAGCAUUCUCAAGUUGAUGCAUGGAAGGAAGCUUCUAACUAUCCCACCCUAUGCAGAGACCCCAGAAUCCAACAAUAGUGUGUAUACUUCCUUCAUGAAGUCUCAUCGCUGCUAUGACCUGAUUCCCACAAGCUCCAAAUUGGUUGUAUUUGAUACUUCCCUGCAGGUAAAGAAAGCUUUCUUUGCUUUGGUGACUAAUGGUGUAAGAGCUGCCCCUUUGUGGGACAGUAAGAAGCAAAGUUUUGUGGGCAUGCUGACAAUCACCGAUUUCAUCAAUAUCCUGCAUCGCUACUAUAAAUCAGCCUUGGUACAGAUCUAUGAGCUAGAAGAACACAAGAUAGAAACCUGGAGAGAGGUGUACCUACAGGACUCCUUCAAACCGCUUGUCUGCAUUUCUCCUAAUGCCAGCUUGUUUGAUGCUGUCUCUUCAUUAAUUCGAAACAAGAUCCACAGGCUGCCAGUUAUUGACCCAGAAUCAGGCAACACCUUGUACAUCCUCACCCACAAGCGUAUCCUCAAGUUCCUCAAAUUAUUUAUCACUGAAUUCCCCAAGCCAGAGUUCAUGUCGAAGUCUCUGGAAGAACUACAGAUUGGCACCUAUGCCAACAUUGCUAUGGUUCGCACCACUACCCCUGUCUAUGUGGCUCUGGGCAUCUUUGUACAACACCGAGUUUCAGCACUGCCAGUAGUAGAUGAAAAAGGGCGUGUGGUGGACAUCUACUCCAAGUUUGAUGUUAUCAAUCUGGCAGCAGAAAAGACCUACAACAACUUAGAUGUGUCUGUGACCAAAGCCCUCCAACAUCGAUCACAUUACUUUGAGGGUGUCCUCAAGUGCUACCUGCAUGAGACUCUGGAGACCAUCAUCAACAGGCUGGUGGAAGCAGAGGUUCACCGACUUGUAGUGGUAGAUGAGAAUGAUGUGGUCAAGGGGAUUGUGUCACUGUCUGACAUCCUGCAGGCCCUGGUGCUCACAGGAGGAGAGAAGCCCUGAGCUGGGGAAGGGGUCAGGCAGCAGCAGGGGAUAUACCCCACUCACUGCCUGCCUGAAGUUCUAGGAACCACAGAUGAAACCUUAAGAGAAUUGUAGCUCUGUUCCCUGCUUGGGAGCCCCCUAUUUGGGACUCGCUGGGAGCUGGGGAAGGUGUGGGGGGAGGAAGGAGAAUGGAUUUUUAGCUGUCCUUAUCCUCACACAUACAGCCUCGCCCAUCCUAGCCCCUGCCUUCCUACACAUAGCCCCCUUACUGGGUGAAUGAUGGGCUGUGUACCCUUCAAGCAAAUUCUGAUCUCUAAGAGAUCCCCAGACCUCACCCAGCCUUUGCCUCUACCUUUGCCCCUGACUCCACCCUGAGAUAAUAGCACAACAGAACACUUUCUAAAGGUAUUUUUAUUUGUCCUGUUUCAUGCUGUAUGGAGGAGGCUGAGUCCAUUUAGUGGGGAGGAUUGUGGGGAGGAGGGCCUUUGGGUUCCUGUGCUGUGUGCAUAUGAAGGGAGAUGGGGUUAGGUGGAGGAGGAGGGCAGAGUGAUUAGCUGAGGUUAUUGCUUUUCACGGCAAACGUAAUUAAAAUGACAGGAACCUCUUAA